GACAGCCGCAGAGCAUGUUGGGAAAUGUCGUUUAAACGGCUUCUCCGGCUCCGGUUUUCUUCUUCUUCGCCUCCCGGAGACUCUCGCGCGUGAUGAGGGGGCGUGGUCCGUUCGCUCUUGAUCGAACUGCAGCAGCUUCCGCUCUCUCUCUGGCGUCACACAUGUAACACAACAUGGCCCCUGCCAGCCGGUCUGUUGUUGUGGUCGCGCUCUCACUACUGUACCUGAGCCAGACAAUCUCCUCCUCCGAGUAUUUCUCCACCCUCACUUUGUUCAACAAUGAGCUCCACAAGCAGGGAUGCAGCUCGCUGUCCGAGUGGGAAGAGUACGCGGCUGACUGCGAGUCCUCCAUUUUACAGUUGGAAGACCCAGACUGUGAGGAGGGAAGCAACCCACCCUGCGAGUCGGUCUUCUCACUUAACGCAGAGAAGAUCCUGAACCAGGCCAAGUUGUUUAUAGAACAGAAAAAAAUCCCCUUUCCUGUAGAUAACCCCAACACAAACGAAGAACUCGCUAUAGGCUACGUUCUGAUAGGCAACGGCCUUUAUGACGAAGCCAUCAAACACUUCUCACUCUUAUUACAGGGCGACCCAGAGCUGGUCAGUGCCAUCUAUGGGAGAGGGAUAGCUUAUGGGAAGAAAAGUCUCCAGGACAUAAAGAAUGCUGACUUGGCGUUGUACGAGCUCAACAGAGUCAUCACCCUGGAGCCUAACUGGCCAGAGGUCUACGAACAGAGAGCAGAGAUCCUGUCUCCUCUGGGCCGUAUCAGUGAGGCUCUGGGUGAUCUGACCAAAGCCAUCCAGCUGCAGCCCUCAGCCCGUCUCUACAGGCACAGAGGAACGCUGCUCUUCAUUUCAGAGGACUAUGUGGCAGCUAUGGAAGAUUUCCAGCAGUCUUUAGAGCUGAAGAAGAAUCAGCCCAUCGCCAUGCUGUAUAAAGGCCUCACCUUCUUCCACAGAGGAAUGCUCAAGGAAGCCAUAGAGACAUUCAAAGAGGCACUGAAGUUGAAGUCUGACUUCAUAGAUGCCUAUAAGAGCCUUGGACAGGCCUACAGAGAGCUGGGGGAUUUUGAGUCUGCGAUGGAGAGCUUCCAGAAAGCCCUCAUGUUGAACCAGAACCACAUCCAGUCUCUCCAGCUUCGAGGCAUGAUGCUGUACCACCACGGUUCGCUGCAGGAAGCCAUAGGCAACUUCAAGAGAUGUCUUCAGUUGGAGCCCUACAACGAGGUGUGUCAGUACAUGAAGGGGCUGAGUCACGUGGCGAUGGGACAGUUCUACGAGGGCAUCAAAGCUCAGACUAAAGUCAUGUUGAACGACCCUCUGCUGGGGCAGAAGGCCAGCUCCGAAUACCUCAAAGUUAAAUACCUCAGAGAGUACUCUCGCUACCUGCACUCCCACCUUGACAUCCUAGUAGCCGAGUACAACGUGGACCAGGACUUACCUGGGAACUUCAAGAACCACUGGGCCAAGAACCUGCCUUUUCUAAUAGAAGACUAUGAAGAACAGCCCGGCCUACAGCCCCAUAUCAAGGACGUGCUGCCGCAGAACUUCGACAGCUACAGCAGUGAAGUUCAAAAGCUGAUCUGCUCAGCCGACCACCUGGGGGCGCUAAUGCAGUACGACACUCCUGGCUUCUUACCCAACAGGAGAAUACACAGAGCCAUGGGUUUAGCAACCCUGGAGGUGAUGCAGGCCAUGCAUCGAACAUGGAGCAACUCCAAAGUGCGAGUCAACGGCAAGACCAGGCAAAUGCAGUGGAGGGACAUGUUCGAUAUAGCUGUCAAAUGGAGGAGGAUCGCGGAUCCAGACCAGCCAGUUCUGUGGUUGGACCAGAUGCCUGCCAGGAGCCUCAGUCGAGGCUUCAACAAUCACAUAAAUCUUAUCAGGGGACAGAUUAUCAACAUCAGGUACCUGGCGUACUUUGACAACAUCCUCGACUUUAUCAAAGACAGAAUACUGGUGUACCACGGAGCGUACAACCCCAGAGGACUCUUAGAGGUCCGUCAAGCUCUUGAAAAUGUGAAUAAAGUAGAAGACCUGCUUCCUAUAAUGAAGCAGUUCAAUAGUAAAACCAGAGAUGGCUUCACGGUCAACUCCAAGGUGCCGAGCGUGAAGGAUCCUGGGAAAGAGUACGAUGGUUUCACCAUCACGAUCACUGGAGACAGGGUGGGCAACAUGUUGUUCUCAGUAGAGACUCAGACCACAGAGGAGCGGACGCAGCAGUACCAGUCAGAGAUAGAGUCCAUCUACAAAGACCUCACCGCCAAGGGGAAGACAUUAAUGCUGUCCACUGAACUAGGGGAUGCAGAUGCCGUGUGUAACCUAAUCCUCUCAUUGGUGUAUUACUUCUGCAACCUCAUGCCCCUCUCCAGAGGAUCCAGUGUGGUGGCCUACUCGGUCGUGAUGGGGGCGCUGAUGGCCAGUGGGAAAGAGGUCAUCGGCAGGAUCCCGAAAGGAAAGCUGGUGGACUUUGAGGCCAUGACCACACCCAGUCCAGACAGCUUCAGUAAAACGGCAAAGAACUGGAUGAACCUCAAGAGUUUACCGAGUUGGUACCAGAGUCUUCCGUCUGUCGCGGAGAGCUUCCCGUCCACCAGAACGAUGAUCGAGGUUCUCAACACAGACUCGUCUUCGCACUGUCCAAAGAAGUCCUAACGCGACUUCUACACGGGAGAGAAUUCGGUUUAAUUAUUGAGUCUUAAUUAAUAAUGCUUCUUCACUGGGCUGAACAAAAAGGGGCCGUCGGCGUCUGCCCCCCAAAACAAACUGGAUCCAGUUCUCCAGAAGCCUCUUGGCUUUACCGGUAAUUGUUUACAUUUUUAAUUGGAUAGAAUUUGGCCAUAUUGAUACAAAUUCUAAACAUUAUUUUAAAGAGGCUUUGUGAGGAGUCUUUUGUUUUCGUUUUGGGGAAAGCCACAAUGAAUCUUAUUUUGCCGUUCUCUGUCAUCCUCCGCCAUCAUUAAGUUCAUAAAAGUUAUAAUUCUUCCACCACCUCUACUGGAUGCUUGUUGUCACAAAACGUGAAGUUUGACUUCAGCUAGCAGUAUUAUAAUUAUUAGGAAAAGAUAAUUUGCCAAUACUUAAGCACCGCGACAAACAAAACAACACAUUUCACCUGAUAAAGAAAACAGUAAUUUGACGUCUUUAGAACCCGGAAGUUGCUCAUCGGUAAGUUAGUUUUUAGGUUCUUAAGGGUUCUUAUGUGACUUUGGUGAACCUGAUCCAAUUUUUUAAAACACCAAAGAUUAUUUGCAUGCGAUGGAUAGACAAUAAUAGAUAAUAUUUAUUACAUUUAUUUCAGAAUGUGGCCACCCAACUGCAGCAGUCAACUGUCAACAUCCAGGCAGAUCUUUAUUUUUAUUUGCCAGUUCUCAAUUAGUUUUAUAUUAGAAUUUCACUUCACAGAACACAUUUAGUCCAUGUUCAUUAAGUUCAAUAUUGAAUCAGACUUUUGUUCAAGUACGAUAAAAAAGAAAAAGAAUUGGUGCGACACUUCCUUCCACACUGCAGCUGUUUGGAGAAGAUGACGGAGAACAACGGUAUCACAGUUUGGGAUGCAGAAGCGAUUCUGUCCCCUCUCUCUUUUUCUCUGCUUCAUCGGCAAACCCCAAAGCACACAGUCCUCAAUGUCAUGAGCCGUCAGGAUGAACAAUCAUAUGAUGCAUCCGCCUGGUUAAAUCUGUAGCUUCAGAUUACCCGGAACUUUGACUUGGAUGCUACUUUGUUGUCUGGUAUCGAAAACCAAUUUUGUUUAAUAUUCAAGUUUAGUAAUUGGCACUUUAAAACUUGUUUUUUAAUCACUGCUGCACACACCUAAAACACACACACACACACACACACACACAGUCGAGCCUAGCCUAGCCUAGCCUAUCAGCAGAGAAGGAGUGUCGGGACAUUUUGGAAACCUUUUGAAUUCCCCUCUGGAUAUUUGAAGCAGUCUCUUUUUAUUUAGUUGUCUCGACACUUGCAGUAAGUGUCACUUCCUCUUAUCGGGUCUAUUGAACUCUCUUCGGCCAUUAAAGGGUCGGUAUUGAGACGGGUUGGCUGCUGAAGUAUCAACGCAACAGUCAGAGACUUUUAGAGAUUUUUCAGAGAGCCACUUGUUCUUUUUGUGACGUAAAGUCCUCAAAAAGAGUCUUCAGUGAGUUGAUUAUUUGAUCAACAGAAAACAGUCAGAUGAAAGAUUGAUUAUUUGAGUGACUGAUCAAGCACAAAUAUCAAACAUGUUCUGUUUGUCCUAAUUUUUCUGUAUUUUAUAAAUUGAAUACAUUUGGGCCCAAAAAAACUUGGACCAGGUUAAGAAAAAAAUAUAUAUAUAAAUUAUUUAUUUCUGUGGAAUUGAUGACUCGUAAGUUUAUGAAAACGAAUAUUUUAUAGAUUGAGUUAUACAAUUUGAAUAAUUAAUUUGUAAUGAAAAUGAACAAGUUGCAGCCCUAGCUUCAUGUUCUGAUCUAGCUCUGUACUGUGGCGGAGACGCUUUAUAAAUAUGCAUAAUAAGAUGCAUUCGCUGACAUGUUGCAUAUCAAAGUGAAUAAAGAAAAAGUAAAGGCAGCCUUGUUGUCAUAUAGUAGUGGGGAAAGUAGACAUUUUAUUUUCAAGUAAAUACAAAGAACGGAGACUUCUGAAUGUUCUCUGACCUCUCUGACAGUUGGGUCUUGUUGAGGGUGAAUCGUAGAGGAGGUAGAAGCCACACACUGGUAUCGUCUUCCUGUCAUUCCUUUCGCCAUUUGUGUCUCACACACAUCUCUGGGGUUAUUCUUUGGAUUAAUAAGCUGGUGAGAGCUGUCCUUACUGGUUCUCGCUCUGGGAGAUAAGAUCUCAUACACCUCCAAAUGUCUUUAAUCAUCAGUGCAUCUAUAUCCAGUUGAUUUUGCAUGGCCACAUUUCCGUCUUGUCGAGCUGACAACCAGGUCGGACGAAAACACGAAGAAAGAGGUUUCCCAAAUCCUCAGACAUUUAAUUGGCAGUGAAUCUGAAAGUGUUGUCGAAGGUGUUUAUCGUUCGGUCGUCUCUGUGGUGAAAGUUCAUUAGUUUAAAAAGUGUGAGUCUGGCGACGCAAAAUUAAUGACUCGUUUAAGGGAAAUAGCGCGCACACAUUAUUUAAGAAAAUGUUGUUUUCGUAUUUCAAGAUAAAAUGGCGUAUUCCUGCAAGGGAGAUUAUUAGAUUAAUAUGAAUGAAAUGUGACGUUUACAACCUUAUGAAACAAAAAUACUUGAUUGAUAUUGAGGCUAGAUUAGCCUGUGUUUUCUUUGUAUGACUCAUGCAAGCACAAGGAGGAAACCGGCUAAGUAGGUGAUUCCCCUGGGACGAUAUCCGAGUCUUCUGAACAAAUUUCAGACGUUUUUCUUCCCCUCUAAUUAGAAUUUUGAUGAAAAAGAUGCCUUGAAUGCUAAAGUAUCGUCACUGACGGCUAUCUCAACGCUGCAGUAGUUCUUAAUUGAAUGUCCUUUUUUUAUAUAUACUGAUAUCCACAAAGUAAGAACAAAUUGAUCUGUUCAAUGGCAUAUCUGAUUUAUUUCCUGCAUUACUGGCAGUCUGCUUUCUGCCACUCCUCGUUCAUAUCAGUGAUUGUGCCGACUGGCUGUCGUUUCCUUUUCUUUUUCUUUGUUUGCACUGUUGACCCAGUCAUUAAGUGCUAUGAUGGGAUCUUAAAGCUUGAAACUUGAAGGAGGGAUUUCUUUUUUUUUUAUUAAAUGAGUGACUGAAUGUUCAGCAGUCAAUAAAACUGGUUGACAAUUUGAA